AUUGGGUCUACGGAUAUUGAGUUCAUACCUGGCAAGCUACGAGGAGGCCAUUAUGUAGCUGAUACACAGACAGCAGGAUCUAUCAGUUUACUUCUCCAAGUGGCAUUACCCUGUGCAUUAAUGGCGGAUGGUCCAGUAACUCUGGAUCUGAAAGGUGGCACCAACGCAGACAUGGCACCACAGAUUGACUACAUGUGUGUGGUCCUACGACCACUGCUACUUAAGUUCAAAGUGGACUUUUCCUGGAAGAUACAUAGAAGGGGUUACUUCCCUCGUGGUGGUGGUCAUGUGACAUUUGAUAUCAAGCCAGUGCGGCAACUGCAAUGUGUGGACAUCACUGAACAAGGAGAUGUCAAAUGUGUUCAGGGAUGGAGUUUUGUUGCUGGCAGGUUGCCUAUUAAGAUGGCGCAUCAAAUGUCUGAAGGCGCUCGUUCGGAGCUGAUCAACUUGCCAAAUGUCAACAUACAGACGUACAAGGAAGACCCCAACAUGGCGCCCGACAACUGCAAUGGUAUCAUAGUUGCGUGCGAGACCAGCACGGGUUGCGUGUUGGGUGGUGACGCGCUGGGACGCCGCGGGGCGGAGCCCUACGCGCUGGGGCGAAGCGCCGCCGCACACGUCACCGCGGCCCUGCACUGCGGCGCAUGUCUCGACACACACGCUCAGGACCAGUUGAUAAUUUACAUGUUGCUGUGUGAAGGCAGGUCCGCUGUGAAGUGCGGGGAGGUCACUCUGCACACACACACUGCUGUACACGUAGCGGAACUCAUUGCUAAGGUAAAAUUUACAAUAAAAUCUGAAGGAGAAGCGAAUAUUAUCUCGUGUGUAGGACUCGGCCUAGUCAACAAAAAUAUACCAACGUAAUAUGUAUUUUUUUCUAAGUUAUUGACUCAAAGUGAGUUUUCAUUACUGAAGUCCCAAAAGAAAACCUUUCUAAAAUUUUGGAAGUGAAUAUUUUUGGAAAAGAAAAACGCUGUAGUUUGAAACUUGAUACCUAGUGGUAUAAACAUAGUUCGCGUUACUCUACAAAGCUGCACGACCAAUGACGACAUUAAAUGAGGGGGAAUAUUUAUCAAUUAGUAUCUAUUUCAAAGAUGUGUUAAAUAAGUGUCAUUGCAGUGGUAACAAACUUUUAUGUUAUGGCUAGAUUCACAUUGUGCAGUGUGAACCUACGCUAAUAUUUAAGAUGUCAAAAAUAAACUAUACUGAUGCAUUUCUCAUUAGUGUUAAUGUUAUUUAUUGUUAUUAUGUCAUAAGAUUUUUUAUAAAUAUAAAUUUUAAUAAUAGUU